AUGUCCGCACCACCGAAGCGCAAAUGGACCCGCGGCGGCAGAGGAGGAGGCCGUGGAGGCGGCGGCGGUGGCGGCGGUGAUCGUACCAACGGCACACCUGGGCGAGGACCUGCGAACGCUCGCUCGGCCAUGUCGCAACAACCAAAACGUCCUAGAGUCGAAGACACACUGCCGAAGCCAGAUGCGGGCGUCGACGUACGACAGAUGUACAGCACUGCGGCCGGCGAUGCGGCACCGAAGCCCUUCGCCGACCUGAAGAACAAGCUACACCCAGCGUUGCUCAAUGGCUUGGACAAGAUGGGAUUUGAAUACAUGUCCCCUGUUCAACAAAAGGUUCUCACUGAGCUGCCCAGUUCCUCCUCCGACUGUGUUGUACAGGCGAAGACAGGUACGGGCAAGACCGUGGCCUUCCUACUGCCUGCGAUCCAAAACCUCUUGGCCGGUAACAUGCCCCGGAAAGGCAAGGUCGCCAUCCUCGUCGUCUGCCCUACCCGCGAGCUGGCUCUACAAAUUGCGAAGGAGUGCAACGGUGUCACAUCGUGUCUGCCCCAGAAGAUGGAGUGCCAUACUGCGUUCGGUGGUACUUCUCGUGCCUCGAACCUCAAGGCCUUCAUGAACGGCAACCCUACCGUCUUGGUCGCUACUCCCGGUCGCCUUGACGACAUUCUGGGUGAAGAGGAAGUUCGCGAAAAGUUCAGUGAUCUGAAGACGGUUAUCCUCGACGAGGCUGAUCAGAUGCUCGAUGCCGGUUUUGCACCUGCGGUCAAGAAGAUACUCAGGCGCAUCCCCCCAAAGAACGAUGGCUGGCAAGGAAUGUGUUUCUCUGCCACACUCCCCAAGGAGGUUCUUGACAUCGCCAAGAUCGUCUUAUUCCCUGGUUACACACAUCUUUCGACUGUCGACCCGAACGAAGUGCCGACCCACGAGCGCGUACCACAGUUCUUCUUCUCUGUUCCUACUGUCGGUCAGACUUUCCCUGCGUUGUCAGCCCUGAUCGAGGAGGAGUACAACCAGAACCCCACCGGCUUCAAAGCCAUUGUUUUCGGUACCACCGCGAACGGUGUCGGACUGCUGUAUGACCUCUACCGAAAUGCGCUACCCCAGUUCAAGCUAUUUGAGCUCCACAGCCGCAUGUCUCAGCCUGCACGCACACGCACUACCCAGGAAUUCAAGGACGCUCAAAGCGGUAUUUUGUUCGCAUCCGACGUCGUCGGGCGCGGCAUGGAUUUCCCCAACGUUGGCCUCGUCGUUCAGCUGGGUCUCCCCUCCAGCACUGACCAGUACGUUCACCGUGUCGGCCGAACAGCUCGUGCCGGUAAGGAUGGACGUGCCGUCCUCGUUCUCUUCGAGCAAGAAGCCUUUUUCCCAAGGAUCAACAAGACGCUGCCUAUCAACCCUUACCCCGUCGACCUUGUGUCACGUCUACCCUCGCACCAAGCAAACAUUGACCGAGCCUUCACCAAUGUCGAUGAGCAAUCGAAGGCAAAGGCGUACCAGGCGUUCCUCGGCUACAACAAGACUUUCGUCAAGAAGCUGCAGAUCUCUACGGCCGAUCUAGUUCGUCUCGCUAAUGAUUACGCGUACACGAUGGGCUGCCCCGAGCCGCCCAUGUUGGAGAAGUCCACAGUCGGCAAGAUGGGCCUGAAGGGAAUACCAGGUCUCAGGAUCGGGUCUCGAAGGAACUAA